AUGAGCACAGGCGCAAAGAAGAGGAUCAUGAAGGAGUACGGCGAGUGCAUGGCGGACAUGCCGUCGGGCAUGAAGAUCAACUUCGAUGAGCAGAACAUGACCAAGUGGGAGGUGCUGAUGGACGGACCGGAGCAGUCCGUGUACGCGGGCGGGCACUUUAAGCUCGAGAUCACAUUUCCCAAUGAGUAUCCGUUCAAGCCGCCGGUGGUUUCGUUCCGCACCAAGAUCUACCACCCCAACGUCAGCAACGACGACAAGGGCUCCAUGUGCCUGGGCCUGCUGCGUCCCGACGAGUGGAAGCCGCCGAACAAGGUUGUGUCGGUGCUUCGCCUCAUUCAGACGCUGCUCAUCGAACCGAACCCGGACGAUGCCAUCGAGCCGUCUAUUGCCAACGAGUACAGGGAGAACCGCAAGGAGUUUGAGAAGAAUGCAACGGACUGGAUCAAGCGCUAUGCGAAGUGA